CGCACAGUUACCAAACAAACAUGAAUAAAAUCUUCAAGUACUUUUUCGGCUCAGAUACAAGUAGCUUUGAACCGAAUUUCGAGUUUAUUACAAAAGUUAUGAAUAUUAUUGGCUGCCGGAUUUACGAUGACCGUAAACUAACAAUUUUUCAAAAUAUCCAUUUCUAUUCAUUUUACGCUUGUGGAAUUUGCACUGUGAUAUCUGCACUAAAACUGGGAAUUACUGAGCGUGAUUUGGAUUUGCAGAUUCAAGCGUUUAUAACGUUUUUAAUGGGAACCGAGAUCAUCAUUAAAGUUGGUUGUAUGUGGUUCAAUGCAACCUAUCAGAAGCAAUUGCAUCAAGUUGCGAUUCAGCAUACCAAGUUGCUGGAUAAUUUGGGACAUGAUGCCCUCAAAAUCGGGAUCAGCGGGAGAAAAUUCGUUAAUUGGUCAAGUGGAGCGUUAACAUUCAUGUACUUCAUAUCAUUGGGCAUCUUCAACAUAUACUCCUAUUUGAGCCCCAGGGAAUGGCCACUUCCCCUUUACUUUAAAAUUGUUGGAAUACCGCAUACGUCCCAGCCUGGUUACACCAUCAACUAUAUUUACGUUUGUCUGGAAAUAAUUUACGCUUCAGUGGGAAUGUCUGCUUUCGAUGCUAGUUUCAUCCUGUAUUCAUCUUAUGUCUCCACAAGGUUCGAUCUAUUAAAAAUCUAUUUCUCCCAGCUGGGAAGGAAAAGUGGGAUAUUUAACAGCGACGAAAAGCAACACGAACUCAUUCGUUUCACAACACGAAUGCAUAUUGAACUCCAAAAAUUCGUCAAGAAAUUCAAUGAAAUCUACUCAUUUGCUGUCCUUAUACAUACCGUUUUUACCACAGGAUUGAUUUGCAUUUGCUUCGUUCAUAUGCAUGUGAAUCUGUUUGCUAACUCCUACAAUCUUCUCUGCAAUCUAAUCUUGGAAAUGUAUCUCUACUCAUACUGUGGCCAAUUAAUCGUUACAAAAAACCAAGAGGCGGCCGAUGCCCUAUACAGUAGCAACUGGUACGAGUUGAAUAGUUGUGAAGACAAAAAGGACAUCCUCCUCAUUUUAACAAACAUCCAACAUGAACUCGCCCUAUCAGUCGGGGGGUUCACAACACUAGAGAUGACCACUUUCACUGAUGUUAUGAAGAGCGCCUAUCGCAUUUGUACGGUUAUUAAAAAUACGUUCUAGAAGCUGGACUUAGAAUGUCAGUGAAGCGAAUAGACAUGCUUCAUUUUAAUUUGCCACCCACGGUAUUAAUCACGUAAUAUGACCAAAGUAAUGAUUAUUAAUAGAUUUUAUGAUCCGCCUUAAUCAAAACUUAACGAGUGAAUUAGUAAAUCAUCAUGAAAUAUAGAACUUAUCU